GAGAGAGAGAGAGCAGUGGAGCCCGGGCGCCGUGAAUAAUUGAUCGCCCCCCUUCUCGUGCGUGGGACGCGCCUCCUCGGACGGGAGCCCCUUCAUGUGAUUCAGUCGAGCUGCACGCGCGCGCGCACGCACCCUUCUCGCGUCCUCUCCAUCCCUCUCUCUCGCUCUCUCGCGCUCUCUCUUUUUUUUUCCUGCAGCCGCGCGCGGACAUGCUAGGAGCUCGCAGCGGCUGAUCAGCCCCGUCCUGCACGUCUCGCAACUUCACCGGCCAAAGGAGGGGCUUCGUCGUCAGGCGCGCGCGCGAGAGAAGCACGCUUAAAUAAGGCACGCCGGCCAGAUCUGGUAAGGAAGGACUACUUAAGAGGCUGUUGUACCGUGAAUGUAAUAUCUGCACGUGAAGAAGGCAGGAAUCAAAAGCCAUCACCAUGAAUUUUGUUAUGAAGCAAGCGUUGGGAGGGGCGACCAAAGACAUGGGGAAAAUGCUGGGAGAGAAGGAAGAGAAGGAUCCCGAUGCCGAGAAGAAGGAGGAGGAAAGACAAGAGGCUCUCCGGCAGCAGGAGGAGGAGAGGAAAGCCAAAUAUGCAAAAAUGGAGGCAGAGAGGGAAUCAAUCCGACAGGGCAUCAGGGAUAAGUACGGAAUAAAGAAGAAGGAGGAGAAAGAGGCGGAGGCUCAGGCGGCCAUGGAGCAAGCGUCCGAAGGCAGUCUCACCCGCCCCAAGAAAGCCGUGCCCGCCGGCUGCGGGGACGAGGAGGAGGAAGAGGAAAGCAUUGUGGACACCGUCAUGAAGUUCCUCCCAGGUCCACUCGUAGACAUGUUCAAUAAAAAGUAACGUCUGUUGUCUUGGAUACGUUGUUAUUAAACCUGUCAUAAAUGUCAUUAAGUCCACCAACCCUUCCCCUCCACUCACUCGUUCCAGAAGCUCUGGACUCGUGGCCGGCGUGCCAUGACAUUUGUCUUUACCUUUGAGCUGAGAAUGCAUAGCUUUACGACGUUUUGGAUUAUGACUCGACUACGAUCUGACUGCGAGCAAAAAAUGCAACAUUUGAUGCUGGUAUGCGUAAAAAAUGCUAAUUCUCAAAUUAAAGACAAAUCGAAUGCCAGGUUCGGUCUAGCAGUCCAGGCCAUGGAAUGACGACAGUAAUUACCCAAGUUCCACCAAGUUUGUUUUUAUUUUUUUUUGUAAAUAGACAAAUAUAAAAAAAGACUAUAUAUAUAUAUAUAUAUAUAUAUAUAUGAAUAUAUGAAUACCAGAAAAUAUAUAUAUAUAAAUAAACACACACAACGACUAAGAGAAAAAGCCAUAAUUUUAACAUGGAGGAAAUCCUCCAGCUCAUAUCGUAUUUUUGAUUGAAGUUUGCUCUUCUGUUGUUGAUAUUAUUGAUUAUUGACCGGUUUGUGUGGUAGAAAUGUAUAUACAGUUUACAUUCAUUCAUUCAUUCAUUCAUUCAUUCAUUUAUUCAUUCAUUUAUUUAUUAUUCGUUCAUUCAUUGAACCACUAUGGCUCCAUGCUCCUAUGAGUCCAUGAUUCCAUGAUGAUUCACUGUGUUUACUUGUAUUAAAUUAUUAUUAUAAUUGGAAAUUCUGUACAGUUGAAGUGAGCGGAAAACCAUACGUCACCCGUCACCUUGUCUUGAGUUGUUUUUUUUUGUUUGUUUUUUCCUCAAGCAUGAUAAAUGUGAUGUGAAUGCACUGUGUUUCAUUUUAUUUGUCGACAUUUGAUUUAUUUGAUUUUGUUGAGGAAAUACAUUGAUAUUUAAGGCAAUAACUGGUUGUUAUUUAUUUAUUUAUUUAUUUAUUUUUUGUUUCAUCCUCGCCAUAUAUGGUAUAAGUGUAAAACCAUGAUUUCAAAGCUCUUCCUUCAGAAGCUGCAGUGCGUCCCUCGUGUCUGAGCUCAUCGUGUUUUGUCCAUCUCGCUCUGUAAAUCGUUAUUCGAUGAGAUUCACUGACUGAAUGACGUGGAUUCAGAUGUGUUAUAUAGUCACGACUAGAGGAACACAGAACUGAGGAGCUAAUUAGCUACGUAGCUGAUUAGCUAAUUAGCUGCUACAGCCGAAGAACGCGAAGAGGAGAUAUAGGAGAUAUAGAGCGCAUACUACUACUACUACUACUACUACAAUUGGAUCAAUAGGGCUAUAUAUAUAAAUAUAUAAAUAUAAAUAUUUAAUCUUCAUCUUCAUCAUCAUCCCUGUACAGUAAAUAGAGUAAUUCAGUGUUUACAUUCCUAUUUAUGUUUCGAGGCACAGCCGCGAGUUGUGCGUUACACGUUAAGUGAACAGACAGUGACAACAGUGCAAUAUUUGUUGUUCUUUUUUUUUUCCGAAUGAAGAUGUCCUGUGUCGGUUGGUUAAUUAAGGGAGCGCUAUCCCAAAUCAGCAAUAACAGACAAUCUUCAUCGUUAUGUAUUCAAGCUUAAUUGAUUAAUUAGAGAAUGUUCGUGUGCAGAUGAUGUGUCGUCUUCCUAGUGCCAGUCAAGCUAAAGGCUUGAGAUAAGCCUAAUGAAAAAUGCAUCUCGGAGAGGGAAGUAGGGAGCGGAGAAUUCCUUUUAUUUGUGGGUGUGAAUUUCAGCGUAGGCCAGCAGCGUAGACCCCUGCGGGGGAGCUUCUUUGGGGGUCUCUGAGCCGCCGUUGCGACUCUCGCGUUGCUUGAGAAAGCAGUGUUUCGGCCUGUGCUUUCCUGACCGUUUCUGUUCGUUCGUUCGUUUGUUGGUCUGUUUAAGUUGUUCUCGUGCGUGUUGCCGUUACCGUUGUUUGACGUCGAUGUUGCCGUUGUCGUUGAUGUCACAAGUGUCGUCGUAAUAGUGCGUAGUUGUGGUGAACGCUUAUAGCCCAGAGGGAAACCAAUAGGUCUGAAUCCUGCAAAUGCCGAGAGAUGAUAGGCCGACUGCGAAGCCUGCUUUUUUAAAGUCUUUCUGUCUUUUAAAUUAAUCUGCUCAGUGGCUUUAUACGCUCACAUAUACAGCAAAGCUAACACUCCGAUGCUAAGUACUGUACAUACCGCUAGCGUUUAUCAGAUUUAUCGGUAGCUCGCGAGUCAGUCAGUACUAGCCUAUUAUUAGUCUAUAUUCAGGUGAAGUCAUCAGUCAUCAGUCACACGUCAUUUCUAAGCAUGUACUGUUUCUGUAUGUUCCUUAGCUGAUUUCUUUUAGCAAAAGAAUGCUAAUGCUUAUGUGUGUUUGUUUUUGGGAAAUUUAAUAAUUAAAAAAAACGCAGGAGGUGAUUCGUAGUUAGCUAUCGGCUGCCACUGGAGUGCUUUAAACAUUCCGAAUAUAUUCCAAACAUUCCAUCUGGCCCUUGCUGGCUUCCCAGAAGUCGUGGAUCAAUAUUAUAUAUAUAUAGAUAUUUAAGGUAUAGAAGCUUUUGUGCAUUUAGAUCUAACUUAAUAAAAAAAAAAUCAAACCUGGCAUCUGAAAAUAAUCUUAAAAUAUAUAAAUCGUAAUUGGACGUGCAUUCACUUUUAGCACUUGUGUUAACACUUCUUACGAAUACUGUAUUCACAAAGCAAAAGGAAUGCAUUUAUAAAGCAUUAUAAGGCAUACAUAAUAUCUUACAGUGAUAAGAUUGUCAAAAGCUUGUUUAGUAAUAAUAACAUCGACAAAGUACACAAAGUACAAAGUGUACAUGUGACUUUUUAUGAAAACCAUAAUUACUUAUGUCACUAUAAUUAAAAUGUAUUUAGUUAUUGUACUAAAUAAGUGUAUGAGAAUCAUUAUAAGGUAUUAUGUAUGGCUUAUAAUGCAUCAUAGGAAUUGGUACAAAACUCAUAUAAUAAAAAGUGAGAAGCCGGAGUUGAUUGACAUAAUGUAGUAACCUACACGCACACACACACACACACCCUACACACACUUACACACAGAUACUAAGUAAUCUCCACAGCUAUAUGACCUGCCAUGUACUUUUCAAAGCCACGAGUCCAACAUAUCUAUUCAAUAUAUAGGAUAUUACUGUGCUCGCCACCCUGCAGCUCGAUUGUACGGUGACGGUGUCCAUCUAGAACCGAACCACAAACCAGUGAAAACCGUUAAGCUGCUCCUUAAUUGGUUCAAAUUGAGAUUUAGAUGAGCUGCCAAUCAUCCUCCAGCAUUAUAUCUUAAGACCUUACUGCCACUACUCUCCCAUUAGUCCAGUGUUGAGGCCAGUCCUAUUUGUUGUUUUCGUGAUGUGCAGUACCUCCUGUGUGCUGGAUCGAGACGUUAAACAAAAGGUUGAGCUUUGAUGAUGAUCAUCUUCCGUCAUCGUCAACAACGAGAAGGUCGUGGUCAGUACGGCGUAAUAGAGCACAAAAUCUGCUGCGACUCAAAAUGUACUGCGAUGUUCUUCAGUAUGUGUAUAAACUGCCUUCAGCUUCAGUCUUUGUUGCUGAUUCCAUAUUCGUGGCCUGUGUGAUAUAAGCAUACUUCAGCGAGACUGCCUAGAUUAAUCUCCGUCCAUGACAUCACCGACACUGCCCAUCCCCUCAUCCACUAUGUUUUCUUAAACCAAAGAGUGGUCUUCUUUGUGAUUGGACGUUUCUCUGUUGUUUUAUGUCAUUCUUGCUUGAUAUGUUUUUUUGGUCUUAUUCUGUGUGAGUGUUUGAGAUGUUAUAAAUUAAUUUAAUUUAAAGUGUCAUUUAAUGUUCUGAGGUUUAUUUGUAUUGUAUUUGUGUAAUGUGUCUUUGAUUGAUUUGAUUUGGGGUUUAUUUGCUUUGUUUCUGCCAUUCUCAAGUCUAUAUAUAGAUAUAUAAUACGCUGUUAGAUAAGCGUGAGUUACUUUUCCAGAAUGUGAAAAAUGGCAAAAUUCUUCAACCUUCAAAAUUCCUCUUUUAGCUCAAGACUGGACUAAACUUUAGGUUUAUUAUUGAACUACAGUUUUACUCUUACAGGCAUGAAGAAUGCAUUCUUGCUAGCAAAUACAUAAAACCUCUGUUGAUAAUGUGUGACCCAAACGGCUUUUGUGGCUUUGUGACACUUUCCACUUCAUACUUUUGUCAAAACUAACUCAAAUAGCGCACAAACACACACAUACACAGUACACAGUAUGAUUUCCUUACACCUUUCUCUUCUCUUAGACGGCAUUUUAGGACCACUGUUUAAUGUUAAAUUGAAAUAAUGGACACAGUCAUUUGGUAUGCUAUUGAAUAUAGUUAAUAUUGUGUGAAUAUGUCAAACUGUCAUAAUAUUUUGAGAAUAAACUGGUAAAAUAGGGCAUGAAUGUGAUAUUGCAACCAGGAAAAGUUGCAAUAUUCUGGCCAAUGCUCUUUAUUCUCAAAAUAUGAUGGCUUUAUUCUUGAAAUAUAGACUGUAUUUUCAAAAUAUUAUGUAUUUACUCAUGAAACAUUGAUUAUAUUCCCAAAAAGACAUAUUUAAUCUACUGAAAAUCUAAAAAAAAAAAAAUAAUAAAAUUCAUAUUUUAACAGUGGCUAUAAAAGGUUGUCCUUCUUCUCAGAUACUCAUAACAUUUAAAAUAGCAUUUAAAAAUAAACUGCCUGAGAGAACUUUAAAUCUAAUUCAUUCUUCUGAGCUGAAUGUAAGUAAGCGUGUGCUGUUCCUUUGCAUUGUCCUUCUUCGCGUCUCUCUCUCUCUCUCUCUCUCUCUCUCUCUCUUUCUUUAUCUCUAUCUCUCUCUCUCUGAUACAGAUAAACGAUUAAACGAUUCUUGCUGUGGUUUUUAUGUCUGUAACAUCUUCUUGUUCCUAUCUUUUUUCUAGUGGUUGUAUAUUCGAGAAAUAUGUUCCUCUUUUCUGAAAACGUUCUUUCUUUCUUUUUUAUUUUCUGGGUGUAAAUUUGAUGUUCUUUUUUUGUAACUGUGGAUAUAAAAAGAGACUUCUCACUCUUCUCCCUCUCUCCUCUCCCUCUCGAUCUCAAUCUCUUUCUUUGUUGACAAAAAUUGUAUGCAUGCGUAUGGUGUGUGCAGUAGGCAAGGUUUGUAAAAGAUACUUCUGUGUGUCUUCGGUGUUCCCCCUCCUCUCCCCCAAUCCCCCCCAAAUCUUCCCAAACCCCCCCCCCCUGAUCGCUCCACCUGUAAGCCCCCACUGCAUGCCCAUUUUAGAAUGAUUUUAGAACUGUAACAUUCCUGCCAAAAUGGAAUCACCGCACACUGAGAAUAAAGUGAUUUCAUAUAUAA